UGUCUUUCUGCUUCACAUGCUCUCAUAUUAUCAAUCCAUUGAGAGAGCGAAGACAAAAGCUCAUUGGCCUCCACAAAAACUUCAUUUCUUCACGCACCCUCCUUCUCAUCUCUCUCUUUCUCUCUCUUUCUCUACCUUGUGUCUGGUUUCCUUCAAAAGAUUCCAUUAUAGAUAUGAUCAUCUUCCUCUUUCUGCAAACCAAAUCCAAUUGUCGGAUACCCACUUGUUGACCCUCUUUCUUCUUUUCUCCUUCUGAAAGUUUUCCUUUUUUUUUUUUUUUUUUUUUUCCCCAUUCAACCAGAGAUUUCCUUAAUUUUUUUUUUCUUUGUUUCAUUCCUUGGGUUGGGUGUGUAUAAUAUCUAAUAUUUCUGUUCCUUACUUUGUCCAUGGCUUCUGCUGCUAUGGACACGAGAGUUUUUCAAGACCACAAUAACAACGAUAACAACAACCAUGAGAUGAACAGGCAAGAAAUUCAAGCUGCCAUUGCCAAAGCAGUGGAGCUGAGAGCUCUUCAUGCUGCUCUAAUGCAAGGAAGCAGUCCUGCCAAUCACAGGUUUCCAUCUUCGUCUUCCCCUGCUUCUGCUUCGCGCCCUGUUUCUCAGUUCUCUUCUCAAGACUACCCUGUUUUUACUCCUAGUUAUGAAGAUGAACCACUAUCUGGGUAUCAUCAAAUUCCCAUGAGAAGUCGAACAUUAUCAGAAAUUUGGGAUGAGUAUGGACUGGGUGGAAAUGGAAGUGGGGAUAUCGAAACAGCCUCAUCUGAUUAUAAGAAGGAGAAUUCAUCUUCAAGGAAAGGAUUGCCUUCUGAUUCAACAAACUUAGAGUCCCAUAUUUGUCCAGCAGAGGACCAUAAAUCUCUCACUGGCUCUUCUACAAACCACAUUACGGUCCUUCAAACCUCUCCAGCAAACGAAUACUUCAAGUCAAGCAGUAGAAACAGCUUGGGGAACUUCAAAUUAGCUUCUUCUUGUAAUAGAUGCAAGCCUGCUGUUAUAACUAGUGAAUCUGAAAAUGCUGCCAAGAACUUCAGGAGUUCUAAUAUUGUUGUUCCACUUACAGAUUCUCAUUCGUCGGUUCAAUCACAACCCAAGAAUCGUGGGAUGAUUUCGUGGUUGUUUCCGAGGUUGAAGAAGAAGCAUAAGAAUGACAGCUCUCCAAACCGUACAGAAUCUGAAGAAGUUUCACAAAAUUUCAAGGACUUUGGAAUUAUGUCAAUUGAGAUGUUGAAGAAAGAGCUAUUAGAAGCAAAUGAGAAUAGAGAUGCAGCUUUAACGGAGGUCUCUGAGAUGAAGUCUUCUUUAGGAGAGUUGAGGCAGAAACUUGAAUACUUGGAAAGUUAUUGUGAAGAGCUGAAGAGAGCUUUAAGACAAGCCACGCAAGCCAGGAAUUCCCAGGUUCCUGAAAAGCUUGGAAAUUUUUCAAAGAGAGGGAAAUCCGUUGAUGGUCAUGCUGAGAAUUCUAUGCCUGUCAGCGCAGAAGUAAUGGUUGAAGGUUUCUUGCAGAUAGUAUCAGAAGCAAGGCUGUCAGUAAAACAAUUCUGCAAGAUCUUAGUCAGCCAGAUUGAAGAAACUGAUAAUAUGCUGAUGGACAACUUAAAUUCCCUACUUUUACCGUAUAGACUUUCUCUAAAUUCAAAGUAUUCCAAGGCAGUUUUAUACCAUUUAGAAGCCAUCAUGAAUCAGUCUCUUUACCAAGACUUUGAGAACUGUGUGUUUCAGAAAAAUGGAUCGCCAAAACACCUAGAUCCCCUACAAGAUCGGCAAGCGCAGUUUUCAUCCUUCGUCGCGCUACGAAAUCUAAGCUGGAAUGAAGUACUGAGGAAGGGGACAAAGUAUUACAGUGAAGAGUUCAGCAAGUUUUGUGAUCAAAAGAUGAGUUACAUCAUAACCACACUAAAUUGGACAAGGCCAUGGCCAGAACAACUUCUCCAAGCAUUCUUUGUUGCUGCAAAAUGCAUUUGGUUGCUUCAUUUGCUUGCAUUUUCAUUCAACCCUCCCUUGGGAAUAUUGAGGGUGGAAGAGAACAGGCCAUUUGAUCCACAAUACAUGGAAGAUGUGUUCAUGGAAAGGCAGAGAUCACAUGGUCCAAGCCGAGUUAAGGUCAUGGUAAUGCCAGGUUUUUAUGUUCAGAACCAGGUUUUAAGGUGUAAGGUUCUUUGCAGGUACAAGUCUGUAACAUGAGAAAUUUGAAAACCUCCUUUUUUAAUUUUUAAUUAACAUCCUUUAUUUAUUUA